AUGAACGAUCUCAAAGACGAAGAGAACCCCAGAACACGUGUCGGGAUCGAUUAUGGCUGCGGCGGCAGCAAGAUCGAUGUCUCGACGGCUAAACGAGUCUGCGGAGAAAGCGCGUCGUUUCUCUUAUUCGCCUUCCUGGAGUGCCUAACCUUGUGUGAUGGUGGAAAGUUUAUAUUGAAAGAGAUGGUUUUCUCGAGGGCAGCGUUUGUUCGGAGUUCCUAUCUUGCCUGUGUUGAUACCGAGAAAUCUUCGUUUGCUUUCCUCCAAGCGAUGAGGUUGAAAACGUUCAUCUCAAAUGCUUGUGGUUCAAACUUUACUAAGAUAAUGAGUAGGUUUGAGAAGUUGUGGUAUUUGUUAGAACAGAGAUAG